UGCCCCACGACUGAGGAUUCUGGUUGCCCGCCCCAUAGCGGGCAGCGCAGCGGGGAGCAACCACAUCUCCCAUCAGCCCCAGCUAAGCGCUCCCAUUGGCCAGAGGCCAUCGGGUGGAGGCUCCCAUUGGCUAGCGGCCAGAAUGCUUCCAUUGGUCAAAGGCCCAGCCGGCGGAGACUCCCAUUGGCCGAGAGCUGCGGCCCGCUGCACGGCCUCCUGGGAGUUGUAGUCGCCGCGUCGCCGGUGCGGCCGCCAUUGUCCAGCGUUCGGCGAGUCGGGUGGUCCCUUUGGCUGUAGUGGUCCUGUGGUCUGGGGAUCACCUCAGGCGCCAUUCUACACUGGUCGAUCCAGGAUGGACCCUGAGGACGAAGCGGCAGCGGCGGUGAUGUGUGUGGGGCCGCCGGCGGCCCGGCUUCAGGAACCGGUGACCUUCCGGGAUGUGGCUGUGGACUUUACCCAGGAGGAGUGGGGGCAGCUGGACCCUACCCAGAGAAUCCUUUACCGUGAUGUGAUGCUGGAGACCUUUGGGCACCUGCUCUCCAUAGGUCCUGAGCUUCCGAAGCCUGAAGUCAUCUCCCACCUGGAGCAAGGGACUGAACCAUGGGUGACAGAGAGAGGAAUCACCCAGGGCUACUAUCCAGGCUGCGAGCCUCGAUCUGAAGGCCAAGCAUCAGGCAAGGAACAGGGCCUUCCUGAAGAGGAGCCUUCCCCAGUCACAGGAAGGGAGGGAUUCCCAAGAGGUGCUCCUUAUCCCACCACGUUAGGGAAAGGCUGGGAGUGUCAGAGCCAGGGCUCGGCACUCAAGGACCAGAAUAACUUGAAGCAGUUAGAAUUUGGCCUCAAAGAAGCACCAGUUCAAGAUCAAGGCUACAAAACUCUCAGACUUGGGGAAAACUGUUCCCUGAGUUCCAACCCAAAUCCAUUCCCGGAGAUCUCUAGAGGAGAAUAUUUCUAUACUUAUGACUCACAGAUUACAGACUCAGAACAUGACUCAAGCCUAUUUAAUCAGCAGACAGGCUCCCCGGAAAAACAGCCCAGUGAAAACAGUGACUGUCACAAAGCUUCCAGUCAGGCCAUUACAGUUACAGAACUCACAAAAAGCCAGGUGCAGGACAAACCCUACAAAUGUACUGACUGUGGGAAGUCAUUUAACCAUAAUGCACACCUCACGGUGCACAAGAGAAUUCAUACGGGAGAAAGACCUUACAUGUGCAAAGAGUGUGGGAAAGCUUUCAGCCAGAACUCCUCCCUGGUUCAGCAUGAGCGAAUCCACACUGGAGACAAGCCCUACAAGUGCGCCGAAUGUGGGAAGUCUUUCUGCCAUAGUACACACCUUACCGUCCAUCGGAGGAUUCACACUGGGGAGAAGCCUUAUGAGUGUCAGGACUGUGGGAGGGCCUUCAACCAGAACUCAUCCCUGGGUCGGCACAAGAGGACACACACCGGGGAGAAGCCGUACACCUGCAGUGUGUGUGGGAAAUCCUUCUCUCGGACCACUUGCCUUUUCCUGCACCUCAGAACUCACACCGAGGAGAGGCCCUAUGAGUGUAACCACUGCGGGAAGGGCUUCAGGCACAGCUCAUCCCUGGCCCAGCACCAGCGGAAGCACGCUGGGGAGAAGCCCUUUGAGUGCCGCCAGAGGCUGAUCUUUGAGCAGACGCCAGCUCUAACAAAGCAGGAAUGGGCAGAAGCCCUGGGCUGUGACCCACCUUUGAGUCAAGAUGACAGGACUCACCGGAGCGACAGACCCUUCAAAUGUAAUCAGUGUGGGAAAUGUUUCAUUCAGAGCUCUCACCUCAUCCGGCACCAGAUAACUCACACCAGAGAGCAGCAGCCCCAUGGGCGAAACCGGCGGCGUGAACAGUCCUCGAGCAGGAGCUCACACCUGGUUCAGCAUCAGCACUCAAACUCCAGAAAGAGCUCUGCAGGUGGAGCAAAGGCAGGGCAGCCAGAAAGCAGAGCCCUGGCUCUGUUUGACAUCCAAAAAAUCAUGCAAGAGAAAAACUCUGUGCACGUUAUUGGGGUGGAGGAGCCUUCUGUGGGUGCGUCCAUGGUAUUUGACAUCAGAGAAUCCACAUAGGAGAGAAACUUUGCUGAUGACUUUUAACCACAGGUACAAAAAUGUAAGUCUACAUAGUGUACUCAUGGAAAGAGGGGCUGGGGGUAGUCAUUGGUGACUUCCGACUUCCUAAGGAAAUGAUGCUUCCCAAGCACCUGAGAUUGGUUGGUUCCAAAUCUAUCAAACUCAGUGCCCUCUUGAACAACAUAUUUUGCAACAUAACGUCCAUUACACCACAGUGAGUUCACAGGUAAUGUCACCUACCCACAUGUGUAAUGUCAAAAAAAUCAAUAUGCAGCCCCAUUUUGUAAAGGAUCAUUAAAAUGAAAGUAAUUUAUCGUAGAGUAAA